UAAAAUUUAUUAUUUGGAUUUUUAGGUAUUAGUUAACAAAUUUGGAUUUUAUUAUUUUAACAUAAAUAUAAAAUGUUCAACUUUAACAGAACAAAUUUGUCUGACUAUAAUUUUGAAAGAGAUUCUGCUAAUAAUAGAAACCAUUAUAACGCUACAAAAAAGCCCAAACCUUCAAGAUCAAGAAAUUCAAAGGUUGAUAAUCGGCCACCAAGUUGUAAUGAACAAAUAUCCGAAUUCUCUCCACACCAGUGGAAUCACUCCAAUCAACGAUUGUAUCCUACAAUGUCAGACUCUGCUGUAUGUGGCUAUCCUGUUCCAGUUAAUAUACCUGUCGACCCACGCUUUCAUACCUUAUAUCCCAUUUAUCAACCAUAUGUGUCAGUCGGUAUUGGCAGAGAAUAUCUAGAACCCGGUCAACAUAUGUCAUCCAGAGAUCAAUUUACUAGUUUACCUCCUAUUAAUAUUGCGGACAACGAAUCUGAAAUCAAACGUACACAUAGUGAUCCAGGUUUAAAUAACCAAGAUGAUAAAUUUGAACUACUGAGCAGUGAAUCAGACCAAGGAUCGUAUGAUACCUACUAUGCUAAUGAAGUGGCCGAAUUGAAAAAAGAUAAUCAGAGACUAGCUAACGAAUUAGAAUUAGUGAAAAUUGAAUUAAGAAAUUUAAAAUUGGAUAUAUCAAGUAAAAAUAACGACAAAUGUGGUUGUACAGAUCCAGGAUCUAUUACAAAUAUUGUUCAAGAAAUAAGAGCAGCACAUAAAUUAAUGGAACAAACAUUAGAGUCAAAGUUAAAUUCUUUUAAUGUUAAUAAAAACGAAAUUACUAAUGGAAGUUCUCAAUUGUCAUUAAUAAAUGAGCGUCUAGAAAAAUUAGAAAAAUCUAGUGAUAAAUCAAAAAGAGUGGACUCCUCGGAGAAAAGAUUUGUUAAAAUGAAUAACUCAUCAAAAAAAAGCUCUUCUGUCACAGAUUUGUGAAUUUAUAAUUAGG